CCGGAUCUGAGCAAUGGAACAGCGGCUGCUGUCCACGAAGGCAGUGGCAGCGUCAGAUCCAGUGAAAGGGCAUGUUAUUCUGGCCACCAAGCCUCCCUCCGCCCGAGCCCUGGGAAACCAGCUGCAGCCGACCCGAGGCGGAGCGGACCCUGAGCAUCGGGUCGCCGUUUCCACAAGCCCCUUUGCGGAGGGGCCUGCCUGGCCACCGCCUCUCCGAGAGGGAGUGCGCGCGCUCGCGCACGCGCUCGGCGCUUCUCUGGCGCGCAGCAGCAAGAGCAGCUGCCGCGGGAGCGUUCCCCGUGGCCCGUCUCCGCCGCAGAGGUCAGUGUCUCCGCAGCGCGUCCUCCACCCCAUGCGCUUAUCUUUAGCUUCAUUCUCCGUUCCCCUGAGCAGUUUCCGGUGUGUGAUUAAGAGAGACCUGCUGCUUCCGGGAUGGAGGAGAAGAAGAAGAAGAAAAGUCCCAAAGCCCACCUAGCUCAGCCAGUUCCAGCCAGUGCUCUCCGCAAGCUGCCAGUCCCUUCGAGCAAGAGCACCUCUUUCUCCCUGGGGAUGCCUCAUCUCCCUUCGCCAAAGCAAAGAGCCAAGUUCAAGAGAGCAAACAAGGAGAAGCCCCGAGCUCCCCAGCCCGGAGGCAGCGCUGCCACAGCAGCUGUGGGGACCCCUCUGCAGCACUCAUUCCUGACCGACGUCUCGGAUGUGUAUGAGAUGGAGGGGGGCCUCCUGAACCUCUUGAACGACUUCCAUUCGGGAAAGCUGCAGGCUUUUGGGAAGGAAUGUUCCUUUGAGCAGCUGGAGCACGUUCGGGAGAUGCAGGAGAAGUUGGCUCGCCUGCAUUUCAGCCUGGACGUCUACGUGGAGGAACUUGCUGAGGACCAGAAGAAGACGGUGGCCGACAGGAACCUGGAUCAGUUGCUGACAAAUCUGGAAGAACUCAGCAACUCCAUACAAAAGCUCCACCUGGCAGAAAACCCUGACUUGGAGGAUGCGUCCACAGUCUAGAACAAGGAGGAGUUGGAGGCUGCCUGGUUUUUCUCUUGACUGUUUUCAUUAAGAAGCCUCAAAAAGAAAAACAAAGGGAGCAAAGAAGAAGCUGUGGAGCCGAGCAAAGAAGACCCUUGCGCAGAACUACUUCUGGACUGUACAUGGAAAGGAUAAGUUAGAUGGAGCCUGGUGGAAAAGGAUGCGACUCCUGGGCCUCAGGCACUGGGGACACACUGCAGAGGCAGCAUGGAAGCCAGCCUCCGGCAGAGACUCCUGCGCCCCACGACCGACAGAGGGCAAACAGAGACUGCAGGGCCCUGGGGGAUGUGGCAAGGGGUGCUGGGGGAGCCCUCUUGGGCCAUGCAGGCCUCUGGCUUUGACUGGCAAAAUGUCCUGUGCCAAGACAGAAAGAUGCAGGUUCUAGGGCUUGGCUGCCUGCAGACAGUCCUUAGAACCAGGAUCCGCUGUUUUUUUCCUCCUACAGCUCCAGACAUGCCAUGUUUGUACGCACACAGUUUGACAGGCAGAAGGCCAGCAAAUUGAACGGUGAUGUAUUCCAUCAGUCUUGCUGCUUCUGCCAAGAGUUGUCUGCCUCCAGUUUUAAUAUUUUUUUCCCCAGCAUAGCAUGAAUGCUCAUUUUCAUGACUGUUUGUUUGGUGCCCCAUCAACAUUUUUUAAAAUGCCAACUGUUUAAUAUGAAACUGCCCCUGGAGGAGGAAAGUGGUCUUAUGACUAGAGAAGGCCAAAUUUAUCAGAAUUUCAGUUGAAUUCCUCCUAAUUAUACAGAGUUUUCCUUAACCACAUUUUUGCAAGCAAUUUCCCCGAAUGCAUUUUUUUUGUAUGUUAUUUUCCUUAAUGUAUGCAUUUUAUGCACACUUUCCCCUAACAU